UCGAACUUAUAUCAGGAUGAUAGUUUUUAAGUUCCCCAUUUUAGGCCCCCUUGUACAGCUGCAUACACUUAUAAGCGCAUAAUAUUUUCAGUAUUUUUUUUUUCAGAGUAAUACAAUUAACAAGAUGAAAAGAUGUGUAACUAACACUAAAGGAUAAACAUGACUCAUCGUCAGCUUAGUUGUACAAUUCCUGGUGAGGAAGAGGACUACAGACGUGUUCUAAGACGAGGAUGCAUUAUACUUAUUGAUUACAUGGACCCAGUCCCAGUUGUUGACAUCAUGCAGAAGGAAGAAUUCCUUAAAUUCAGCGACUGUAGAGAUAUCUAUGAGAUGCAACUCACGACGGAGAAGAACAGGGCUGUUAUUGACAAGGUUAUACGAAAGGGAAAUGAAGGCUUUAAAAGUUUUAAGCGCUUCCUGACGAUGUCCAAUCAAACAAUUUUAGUAGACUAUUUAGAAGGCGUUGAGAACGAUCAAGAAACGAUCAGCAUUAUAGAAGCUUUGAGAAAAGGAAGAGGAAUAACCAACAGAUGGGAGGGAGUUAAAAAUGAAAUUAUUGAACUAUAUCAAGACUACUACGUAAAGAUUGAAUUAUCACCUCUAAAGCCUGGCCUCGAAAUACAUGUAGAUGAUUUGUUUGUUCCUCUAGAAAUGGAAGAAUUGUCAACAUUAGAAAAUUAUGAAGACAUUUUACAAGACAAAUGUUCAUCUCUUCAGGCGAAAAAGAACAAACGCAAAGAGGUAAAAAGUUUUCGAGAUAUGCUUUUUGAUGACGGUCAAGUUUUAUAUACUGUUUUUGUCAUUGCCGAUCCAGGUGUUGGGAAAACAACAUUCUGCAAAAAGCUUAUUUCGCUCUGGUGUAAAACACAUACUGACAGACAACAUGUUCAGAAAGACUCUACUUUGGCCACAAAGAAUAAAAGAAAAACUGAUGCAACUAAUGUAGAACAGAAAGGGGCAAACAGUGAAGAAUCACUUGAGAGAGAAAAUGCAGAAACGCUUAAGCUCUUUGACUAUUUAUUUUUUGUAUCUUUGAGGCAUACCUCAGAUGAGGUAAUGAUAGAAGAUAUGAUAGCAAAUCAACUUAGGAUUGACAAAAGUACAGUAAAUUCUAUUCUAGGCUCAUCACAGAUGAAAUGUCUUAUAAUUCUUGAUGGACUAGAUGAAUGGUCUGCACCGGUUAGCACAAAAUACGAUCCGUGUGAAAUUAAGGGGUUUCCCAAGACGCACCAUUCAAACAAAUGCCAUAUUUUAGUAACAACUCGCCCAUGGAAAUUGUUGUCUAUUUCAUAUGUAAGGACACACAGACAGAAAGAAAUCAAUAUUGUUGAAAUGAAGAAGAACAAUUCUGACGAACUUGUUAGAUUGUUCCUAAUUCAAUUAUGCAAAAAAGAAAAAGUAGAUCACGCCUUAAAAAGAUUCAAAAAUGAAAUAGAGGUAAAAGGUUUGUGCAGUCUUUCUGCUACACCUCUUAUACAUAAGUUACUCUUGUGUCUUUGGUUAGAAUGUGGACAACUCAAAACCUCGGUAUGUCAUAUAUACGGGGCAGUAAUACAUCUGUUGAUUGAAUAUGGUCUGAGAAAAAACGAAGAAGACAAAACUUGUAAACGGAAAUUAGAUCAAAUUUACUCAAAUACAAAACUUCUGUCUAAGUUUUUCCAUAAAUCAGAUUUAAAUAAUAUUAACCGUUUUGCGGAUGUCUUGCUCCCACUGGCAAACUUGUCGUUUGAUUCUCUGUUUUCUGGAAAGGAAAAAUCUAAGCUGAUAUUCCGUGAUCUAGAUUUGAAACGGUAUGGCCUGGAGUUAGAAUUAUGUUCAAAACUGGGAAUUCUUUCUCAAAGGCCGGUCAUUGGAAAAUCUCUGUUAUACCGUGAGAGAACGGUAGCUUUUCUUCAUAAAUCAUUUCAAGAAUUCUACGCAGCUAUGUAUAUUUCACAAAAUCCACACGAAUUUAUGCGUAAGAUAAAGGAAAUAAGCAACAACCCUGAGAAAAUAUUUGAAUUCUCAAAUGUAUUCCAAUUCCUUGGGGGAAUAUGUCCAAACAUCAUUGCAGAUUUAUUUGAUCACAUUAGUUUAAUUGACAAUGCCCUUGAUAACAGUGAUGCCGAAUCUGAUGACAUUCGGAGGAAACUUUCAAACGUUAUAUUAAGCAUUAGCAAAGAAAGUCUGAAUUGUAAUGUCACAACUCUCUCGAUCAGGAUGAAUUAUCUGUAUCUCAGUAGCUCUGAGACGAAAUAUUUACAGCUUCUGGCAUGUAUAUGCUCAGAAGAACUAAGAGAGAUUGAACUUGAAGAUAUUUCUGUAAGUCACACACAGAUAACACAUCUCCUCACACGCUCUCGUCAUCUUACAUCAGUACAACUGUGUGAUUUAGAAAUUGUAGAUAAAAAUAGCAUGCCAGCAUACACCACAAUUAAUGUUUCAUCAGUAAAAGAUUUCACCGUUUUUGGGUCAUCGGACAUAUUUGUACACUUGCCGCGAUUCCCGAGCUUACAACAAGUGUGUCUUGGCCAUCUUACGCUUACACAUACACAGAUGUCAUAUAUUCUGUGUGAAUCGUUGUGUCUGAAGAAAGCUGAAAUAAAACAAGUAGAAUGCAUCGAAGAUAAAAAUUGUGGAUGCCGUACUAAUGAUCAAAGAACUGCAAACAGAUUUUCGAUGUCCCGUAUUUGUAGAUGUCUUGCUACCGAAAACAGGAAUAGUUCUAUAAUAUCUGUGGUUUCGCAUGUAGUCGCUUUAUCCAUCACGUAUGGAGGAGGAAUGCUUUCCCAUAUACAAAAGUAUCAUAGGUUACAAGACAUAACAUUAAUAUCAAUUCAGCUUUCACACACAAACAUAAUGCAUCUUUUAACAGACUCGCCCUGUCUCAGAAAGGUUAUACUUAAAGACAUAAAUUGUACACUUGACAAAAUGUGUGGAUGUAGACCGUCUGAACGUAAAGACGCACCCAAGCAUGUUGUGUCGAAUAUGAUGAACUGUUUGACUCAACUGGGAUGCGAUAUAUUCAAACAUAUACAUAGCUACCCUAGGCUAAGUGAAUUGAAUAUUGCAGGCAUUACACUUACCCACUUGGAGAUAACAAACCUCCUUGCUGAUUCACCAGAUCUUCACAAUGUUAGAUUAUCAGAAGUAAAGUGCAAUCCAAUAUACGAGUGUGGAUGCCUGUGUACUAGUCAUACGGAAAACCUUAACAUCGUUACAGAUUGUCAUAGAAACAGCUGUCUUCUACAUGCACUUCCUCUGGCCAAAGAGAAGAGAAGUUCCAACGUGCAGGUAUGUACAAUACUGGCAGGGAGUGGAAUAUUUGACCAUAUACGAACAUUUGAACAGCUGCAAGAAUUGCAUAUUGAGGUUACAGAUCUUACACACUCAGAGGUAACAUGUCUUCUCACUACUUCGCCAAAUCUUACGAAUGUCAGGAUGAAUGGUGUAUGCUGUAAAGUUGACGAUGAGUGUGGAUGUCCUACGGAUUUGCACUGUAGCAUAUUUGCAGCAGAAAUAUGCACUAUUGAAGGAGGGAAAGAAAUGUUUGCACAUGUAGACAAAUGUCCUAAUCUAAAAGAACUGAAACUUCAUUAUGUGGAUCUGUCCUACACAAAGCUUACAGAUCUUCUGGCCCAGUCUCCAUGUCUCCGACAGUUGUCGUUAGCUGGAUUAGAUUAUGUGACAGAUAUUGAGCACGAUGGUAUUAAUUCUCAAACUAAUAAUACCAGCUAUGACCAAUCAUUAAAAGACGGAAUCCUCCAAAUUUUACGACGGAUACCAAAGAUUGAAGGACUUCGUAUAAAGUUGGAAGAUAUUGAAAUUAGACCGGAGCCAAUAGUAACUGAAUUAAAACAGAUUGAGCAUAUUGAAUAUAUAGACACCAUAAAGGUACGUUGUAUAGAUAAUGAUGGUUUUCAUGACACUGACUUUGAAUUUGAAACACCAAUCCGUACUACUAUCCGAUUGAAAGUCAAAGCACAUGACAUAACAUGAAUGAUUUAAAGAUCUUUUGCGUCAAUUGAGCUGUGUAAGUUUUCAAAAGGUAAGACUCUUGAGAAUAGGUCACACUGCCCUGUAUAAUAUUUCAUAACAGAUAAAUGAUAUUAUUUGAUGAGCUACGACUGUGACUAAAAUUAAUUUCGACAAUUGGUCCAAAAGACGAGUUUUUCCCUCUUGAAAGAUAUUAAGCACACUAAUAUGUAUAUUGACCCCAAAUCGAUAAUUAUGAUAAAAUCCAAAGAGAACUGGCAAAAACAUAAAAAUAUUUCUUUAAGCGCAUCUUAAUAUAAUAGAUAGAUAGAUAGAUAGAUAGAAAACAUUUUAUAAAUUACUUGCAAAUUAGUUAAAACGGCAACGUUACCAUAUUUCUAGAGUUAAAGACCUAUACAUUUAUUCCACUAUAUUAUACACCAUAUUGUUGAUUUAUAAAUGUGAGAAAUUUCAUUAUACAUUUUGGAAACAUUUCUAUUGGCGAAAAUAUUAUCAAAAUUGUGCUUUUACCGUAGAGUCACAUUAUGAAAAUUUGUGUAAGGUACACACUUUUGAAAUAUGUCUAGCAAAAACUCAAGCACACGACCCUAUCUUUUUAUUUGCCGAAUUUUCUCAGUAUAUUCUGAAGUUUUGAAAAAUUAGAGUUUAAUUAAAUUCUACGUGGUAGAAAAAAUUCUGAUCCAAAUGUGCAGAGCAACCUUAAAGUUUUAGUAGCUGUUUUAGAAUGAUCACAAACUAGUAUUACAGGUUAUUUUUGUGUUUGUAAUUUGUUGGUAUAGAUCUACAACAUGUCCUGGACGAGUUGUUCACUGAAAUAAAAGACAUGAAAAUAAAACUUAAGGGUGUCAAUUAGAAAAUUUACAAUACUGUUGUUACAUGUUAUUGCUUUCCUUCUAUGAUAAGUACAAUACAUGUGCUUUUGUUUUAAUUUUCUCACUAAUUUAAAAAGUACAAUUGUUUUCAACGUAGAAUUGUAUAUAUUGAUUAAUACCAAAUAGCAUAAACAACUUUAGAAACACUCAAUCAUUUUGCAUACCGGGUAUAUAACUAAAUAUGGCAUUGAUAGUUAGCAUGUUUUUGUUGUUAACUGUAAAUUAUUAAUAUAUCCCAAUGAAAAUUGGGCACACUAUCUAAUGAUUAUUUGAGUGUAUAAAACAUAAUAAAUUCAUUGAACCCUGACAGUUACAAUAAAUGAGGUAAUCCAAAAAAUAAAAGGUCACAAAAUGUGUGCAACCUUGUACUUGUCACUGUGUGGCAAGUAGUACCAGCUGUUUUUUUCCCUUUCAUUUAUUACUCAAUCAAUUUUUUCCUUUCUGUUUCUUUUUAUCUAUCUUUCACUUAAAGAUAUAUUCCGUCAUCGGUUUAAUCUACGUAAUGCUGACGAAGUGGGAAGUACUGUUUAUAAUGUUGGCAUAACUUUAAAUCAAACCCAUUUGCUAUUCUUUUCAUUUCAAUACAUGAUUAUUUAUUAGUCACCUACUGGUUGAAAACGCGCUUUUCCGUCCGUCCGUCAUUCCAUCAUUCCGUCCGUCUUUCCGAGCUCACAUUUACAUACUUAGGUGGCUAUAGGAACAAUAGGUAACUGUACUUUUUCUUUGAUGUCAUUCAUUCCGUAAGGCUUUUAUGUGGCUAUUUUUCUCUUACGUGGCUAAAAGAACAAUAGAGAGAACAAAAUAGAAGCCACAUAAGUAUCCAUAUGUAGGAACGUCUGUCCUUCCGUCCGUACGCAAUUUCGUGUCCGGUCCAUGACUCUGUCAUCCAUAAAGGUAUUUUAAUAUUACUUGGCACAAAUAUUUCCCAUGAUGAGACGACGUUUCAUGCGCAAAACCCAGACCCCUAGCUUAAUGGUCAAGGUCACAGUUGGAGGUCAAAGGUCAACAGGGCCUUUUUCCUGCCCGGUCCAUAACUCUGCCAUCCAUGAAGGGAUUUUAAUAUUACUUGGCACAAAUGUACCUCAUAAUAAGAAGAUGUGUCGUACACAACCUUCAGAUCCCUAGCUUAAAGGUCAAGAUCACACUUGGCAGUCAAAUGUUAACAUGGCAUGAACAGGGUCUGUUUCGUGUCCGGUCCAUAACUCUACCAUUCAUGAAGGUAUUUUAAUAUUACUUGGCACAAAUGUUCCCUAUGAUGAGAUGACGUGUCUUGUGCAAAACCCGGACCCCUAGCUCAAAGGUCUAGGUCACAAUUGGAGGUCAAAUGUCAAUAGGGUUUUUUUCCUGUCCGGUCCAGAACUCUGUCAUCCAUCAAGGGAUUUUAAUAUUACUUGGCAUAAAUGUUCCCCAUGAUUAGACGACUUGUCAUGCGCAACACCCAGAACCCUAGCUCAAAGGUCAAGGUAAAACUUGGAGAUCAAAGGUCAGUGGGACAUUUUUCCUGUCCGGUGUAUAACUUUGUCAUGCAAAAAGGAUUGGAAUAUUAAUUGGCACAAAUGUUCACCACUAUAAGACGGAGUGUCGUGCGCAAGAACCUGGUCCCUAGGUCGAAGGUCAAGGUCACACAUAGAGACCAAAGGUCAGAUACAAGAAUGAAUUUGUCUGAACACUUCUUCUUCAUGCAUGGAGGGAUUUUGAUUUAACUUUGCAUAAAAGUUCAUUACCAUGAGACGGAUUGUUAUGCGCAAGAACCAGGUCCCUAUGUGUAAGGUCAAGGUCACACUUAGAGGUCAAAUGCCAAAUUCAAGAAUGACUUUGUCCGGAGCAUUUCUUCUUUAUGCAUGGAGGGAUUUUGAUGUAACUUGGCACAAAUGUUCACCACCAUGAGGCUUUUUUUUAGGGAAUUAUGUCCCUUUGUUUUACUACAAAAAGCUUAUAUUGUAACUUAUUUAUUACAGGCCGUAGGGAAAAUUUGAGACCAGUUUUCUGUUGUACAACAUGCAUGUUACAUCCAAUUUUUAUGUGUAUUUUGACCUAUCUCUACCUGGUCUUGUAUAGAAUUGUUUUUUGUUUUUUACUAUAAAUAACUUAUAGAUACCUUUUUGAUAAUCGGCCAAAAAAUGCUAUAUGAAAACAACUAUAGGUUUUUAUAUAUUCAAAUUUUAAUUCAAGCUAAGUGUUUUGUUAUAACAUAUUGUAUAUAUACAGAUAUCAGUUAAUUAUGUUAUACUGCAGUAGAGAAAAUAUGGUGCCUUCCAGUAGGGGACUUUGUAUUGCAUGGCAAUACUUCAUUCACUUGUUUUGUAUGUUAUGUAUAUAUGUAGAAAUGAAAAUUAUAUGCAUAAAAUACGAUUAAGUUAAGAACCAGCUGUAGAAUUAAACAUUUUGCGGCCAACCUUACACACCUCAAGGGAGAGAAUAUGCUUUUCUCUUGAUAUCGUUUGCUAUUCUGCAAGUGUGCAGAUAUGUAACGAGAAAUUUGUUAUACAGAGAAUGAUGAUACAAAAAAAUACAAAAAAAUCGAUGUCUAGUUCAAUAAAGAAAGAGAAAAGGCUGAAGAAAGAAAAAAAAAUUAAUGAAGAUUCUGAAAUUUGAUCACCCUCGAUUUCUCGUGCCUCGUGUGCCCCCGGAGUUGACUAUUUUGAUCGUUGAAGUUGAAGGAUGUGGGCAAUCAAAAAGAUGAUAUGCCCUAACCUUAUAUCAAUCUAUUUGCAAUACAUGGCAUUUUUAAAGUUAAAACCCCACCUUUGAUCAUAUAUGCAAUAAAUGAUAUAUGUCUUCUUUUGUAGAACUAGUCACAUGUUAUAUUUUAGUUUUAUGUUUAUUGUGUUUUACCAUAUUCGUCAUUUAGAUAUUAAAUGACAUAUUUGAAUCAAACUUAGGUCUUAGUUUUGUUUAAUACCAUCAAACAGAGCUCAUAAAGUGAGUAUACCAGGGAGCAUGCAUAAAUGUAAAUUCAUUGUAAAAUAAUGGUUUUAUUUCAAGAAAUAGUAAUCCGGAACGGUACGGCAUUCAGAUUAGUUAUAUUCAACAUCUAAAUCUGCGUUGAAAAAUUAUUCCUUUGUUUGCGGCGAAUAACCCACCCUCCCAAACCUGGUAAACGCAUAAUAUAUUAUAUAUUCAAUCAUGAAUUUGUUAAGAUUUGGUUGGGAAUUUGUUACUCACUGCUCCUGUUUGGCAUUAAAUCCCCACCUUUAAUGUAAUGAAUGAUAUAUGUCUUCUUUUGUAGAACUAGUCACAUGUUAUAUUUUAGUUUUAUGUUUAUUGUGUUUUACCAUAUUCGUCAUUUAGAUAUUAAAUUUUUCCGUAACAACCUGACAUAAAUGAUGAACUUUCAAAUAUCCUCUUUAAAUAAUCGCUGAUAGACUCUCACAAAGUAAAUUUAUUGUUUAAAACAUUGAUCGCUAUGACAAAUAAAUCUUUAUAAAAGAGUUCUAAAUAAUGACAACUCUCGUUUCUAUCAAAUUCUGUUGGGUUAAGUGUUCAAAUUGAACAUUUCCAAAUGAGAAGUUUCUGUGUACUCACAAGCCAGUAUCAGAUCAAACUUUAUGUUGGGUAUUUCUGCAGAUUAUGCAGAUUACAUGUUAGUUCCUGUAUUUGUUUUUUUUUCCCUAGUUAUCAAUAAAAAUAGCCCAGAAGCUUCUAUUUAAAUAGGUCAUACGGUCGAAAUUUUGAAGUCUAGUUUAAGGGCACAUCACAUUUAUUGUCAAUAUCAGGGGACUGAUAAUAAGCAUGCGGAAAUUUUUGGAGGUUGUUUUUUCAGAUAAAUGAAAUAACUGCAUAAGUAUUUUGCCUUUUAAAUUCUUAAAAUGAUUUUAUGAAUAUUUAUUUUUGAAAUCAUACCUUAAAUGAAUCAUUUGCUUAUACUCUUUGUAGUGGUAAUAUGAAUUUGAUCAUGUUUAUUAUGUUGUCCUUCGCUUGUUCGAAGUAUGUAGGCCUAUGUGUCGAAGUGUCGUCAUCUUUUAUUGUUUGAUUUACCUCGUCUUGACGUUAGUUUCAGACCCUUCAUUGGUUUAGCAUUCCUGGCGGUUUUAAUUUCGCCAAUAUUCGCGAACAGUGCGAAGUAAUUUCAAGCAAUUAACAGUAUUAUGCGAUGGAAUAUAUCGAGCUAUGAAUUUACCUCGACACGAGUAAGGCUACUGACUUUUUGUCAUACUAAACCCACUGUUUUAUAUUUAAAUGCUCCACUUUGAAAUAUGUCAAUCAUAUAUUAAUUUUGCUUUGUUCCUUGUCAAAUUUCUUCUUACAGAAAUAAUAAAUAGUGUUGUUUGCGUUAGAUUGAAGCAUUGCUCAAGGUAUGUCUAGGAUGACAAUGUCUAUAUCACAGAUAUUGUAAGAUGUUGAUUUAAUUUACUGGUAUGCCGUUAAACAAAUAAAAAUGAAAAAUGUUCAUUCGUUAAGGUAUUGAAUAUUGUUUACUAUUUCAGUUUACCCUUUUUAUUUUUUAAUUGUUCUAUUAUUUUAUUGUAAAACAUGAUUUUAUCAUGAUAAAUGAAUAAAUAUGUCAC